AUGAGCUCCCUAGUCCAGAGCACGAGCAGCCACCACCACUCGGACGCGCCCCCGACCUCGUCCCUCUCGCACUCGUCCUCGUCUCGCCCUCAUCACCCACCACACGCCUCGGACUCGCACCACAACCAGCAGCAGCCCGACAGCCAGCAGCAGCAACAGCAGCAGCAGACGCCGACUCGCACGCCCCUCGAGCGUGCCAAACUCGUCAUCGACGACCGCCUCGCGAGGGACGACUCGACGCACCCGGUCGGCGACUCGCUCACGGGCGCAUCCUCGGGCGACUACGUCCUGCCGCCCAACCAUGCGUGGCAGCCUGUCACCAAGACCCGCACCGUCCUCCUCCCCGACCGCCUGUUUGAAGAACACGACCUCACCCAGUCGCGAUGCUCGAUGGGUCUUCUCCCCGAGAUCGACCGCGCAUGGGUCAGCAUCGACCACCGCUUGCUCCUGUGGGACUGGGCAGACGGCUCCUCCUUCUCGACGUUCGAGGAGCUGAGCGACGUCAUCGUCGGCGUCGCCCUCGUUCGCCCUCGACCCGGCGUCUUCGUCGACUCGAUCGCCCACAUCCUCGUCCUCGCAACCCCGUCCGCCGUCACCCUCGUCGGCCUCGGCUACACGGCCUCGGCACCUGGCGCCAAGAAGGAGGUAACCUUCUUCCUCACCGGCCUCUCGGUCCCGACCGACGGCGUCUCGUUCACCACCAUCCGCGGCACCCCGUCCGGCCGCAUCUUCCUCACGUCGUCGCCCGACCCGCUCACGCCCGGCGGCAUCGGCGGCGACGGCGCCCUGCACGAGCUCGUGUACCAGGCCCAGGAGGGCUGGUUUGCCAAGCGCUGCACGCUCCACAACAUCACGGGCGGCGGCAUCGCCAAGAGCGUCGUGCCGGCCUUCCUCCGGUCGUUCAGCGCCCUGCCCCAAGCCGAGUGGAUCGUCUCGUUCCAGCUCGACACGGAGCGAGGCCUCGUCUACACGCUCCUGCGCAACUCGACCAUCGAGAUGUUCCAGCUCCCGUCGUCGUCGCCGGGCAAGUUUGACGGCGUCCCGACAAAGGUCGCCAAGACGGGCGAGCUGUCGCGCCAGGCCGCCAUGCUGCUCCCCAACAACCCGAUGCUCAAGGCCGGCUCGGCCUUCCGCCUCGUCGCGCUCGAGGUCGUCCCUGUUGCCGAGGGCGGCGCGCACAACAAGAUCGCGCUCGUCGCCGUCACGACGACCGGCGUCCGCCUGUACUUCUCGCACCAGCGUCGUGGGUACUAUUACGGCGCGUCGAUGGGCUCGGCAGCGGCGCUCGAGCUCGCCCACGUCCGGCCGCCGCCGGCGCCGCAGUCGCAGCAGGGCCAGGGCUCGCAGCAGCUGCAGGGGCAGGGGCAGGGGCAAGGGCAGCAGCAGGGGCAGCACAUCCCGUUCAACUCGGUCAUGCACGCGCAGCACGCGUCGGGCGGGCUCUUCCUCGCGGCCAACAACCUCACGCCCGACCUCGACGUCCUCCUCGUCUGCGCGCCCGACGUCGCCGCCUCGUCGCCCUCGUCCUCGUCGGCUGUCGUCGCUACGGGCCAGGGCCAUCAGUCGUCGUCAUCCUCGUCGUCGUCGGGCCGCCCGUUCACCGAGCUCGCCGGCACGGUCGAGAUCCCGGGCCGCACGUGGGACCUCGCCGAGGUGACGCCGCGUCGUGCCGCGCUCCUCAACGAGCUCGCGACGCAGCCGACGCACCCAAGGCGCGAGUGGGUCGUCCUGACCAACAUGGGCGCGAGCGUCGUCGUGCGGCAGAGGCCCGUCGACACCCUCCUCGACGUGCUCGAGGGCGUCAGCAUGAGCGGCGGCGGCGGGCAGGGCGAGAUCGGCGUCUUCUUCGAGAGCUACGGGCGCGACCAGUCGUGCGCCAUGCUCCUGUCGAUCGCGGCGUCAAACUCGCAGCUCGUGCCGUCCGACGGGCCGGGCGCAUCGGCGACGGCGGCACCCGGGUCGAGGAGCACGACGAGCGCCGUCGCCGAGCAGGCCAAGGCGCUCUUCUUCGAGGGCGGCGGGAGGCCGGUCAGCAUCGACCGCGGCGGGUACGGAGGCGGCGCGCAGAGCUCGACGGCCGACAGCAAGGUCAUCUUCUCCGGUCGGCACGAGGGCCUCGCGUUCUACUUUGCGCGUCUCGUGCGCCCGAUCUGGAAGCAGAAGAUCACGCUCGUCGGCAGCACGCCGGCGGUCCAGGCGGCCAACGUGUCUGAGGCGGCCCUGAGCGCCGUUCAGCGCGACCUGAUCGCGUUGAGGACGUUCGUCGAGCAGGAGCAGCACCUCUUUACCCACCUUCCCGACUCGAGCCGAGCCGGCCACAACGCCGCUGCCUACGCCGCCGAGCAGACGUCGCUCUCGGCGCUCCGGCUCCUCCUCACCCAGUCGGUCGAGGCCAUCUCGUUCGUCCUCCUCCUCAUCGACUACAAGCUCUCCGACAUCGUCUCGGCGUGCGCUCCCGACCUCCAAGAGCAGCUCGCGUCUCUCACCUACGCCGACCUCCUCACGACGCCCAAAGGGCGCGACGUCGCUCGCGGCCUCGUCAGCGCCGUCAUCAACCAGCAGAUCGGCCUGCACCGCUCGGUCGACGCCAUCAGCGAGACGCUGCAGCAGCGCUGCGGCAGCUUCUGCUCGGCCGACGACGUCCUCCUGUACAAGGCGAUCGAGGCGAUGCGGCGGGCCAAGGACACGUACGACGGCGGCGAGCGGACCGAGUGCUUGCGCGAGUCGUUGAGGCUCUUCACCAAGGCGGCCGGCCACCUGUCGCUCGAGCGGCUCCAGGAGAUCUGCAAGGAGUACACGUCGUUGCGCUACGCCCUCGGCGUCAUCGACCUCGCCCUCGCCUGCGCGCACAAGUGGGACCCGUCCGACCGCGCCGUCUCGUUCUGGCUCGACGAGCAGCCCUCGUCCGACCCUCGCGCGUCGGCCUUCUCGCAGCGCCAGACGUGCCACCGCCUCGUGUUCGACGCGCUCGAGGCCAUGGACGCCGCUCUCGACGAGGCGUCGCGCAGCGGCCGUGCGGGCGCAGCCGAGGACGCCGACGGCAUGCGCACGAACGCGUACAACAAGGCGCUCGCCGUGCGCGACGACUUCUUCCACGCCGAGCUGUACGACUGGUACCUGUCACGCAACCUCACGGACCAACUGCUCGAGACGCGCACGCCCUAUCUCGAGGGCUUCCUUGCCCGAGAGCCGACGACGCUGGAGAAGAGCGACCUCUUGUGGCAGUACUACGUCCGCACGGGCCGGUACGCUCGCGCGGCCCAAGUCCUCGCCUCGCUCUCCGAAUCCUCAGCAUUCCCGCUCUCGCUGCAGAAGCGCGUCGAGUACUUGUCACUCGCGGUCGGCAACGCCAAGUCGCUGCAGCACUCGUCCUCUGCGUCCCGAGGCGACGCCGUCCAGUUCCUUACCGACGUCGAGGAGAAGCUCGAGGUGGCGCAGGUGCAGAUCGAGAUCUUCCGGGCCAUCGAGGAGGGUCCGCUCCCGAGCGACGAGAAGCAGGCGUGGCUUGAGAAGGUCGAGGAGCGCCUCUUCACCAUCACCGAGCUCUACGCCGACUUUGCCGAGCCGCUCGAGCUCCUCGAGAUCAUCCUCCUCAUCUUCCACGUCUCGGACCACCGCGACCCGUUCCUCGUCACGGCGACCUGGGAGGCGAUCCUGUCUCGAGCACAAGAAGAGCAGCCCGAAAACCCGGUCGACGCUGUCGCCGCCAAGGUGACGCAGCUCGGCCAGCGCUUCCACUCUUCGGACGUCUCUUUCCCGCUCGCCGAGCUCGUCGCCCUUCUCGAGCGAUUCAGCUUCGAGCGCAAGUCGGAGGCGCGCGCCGGGUGGGUCGCGCUCGCAGUCCGCGACGCCGGCGUCCCGUUCGAGGCGCUUUAUGCCGUCUAUGAGGAGCUCCUCACCGCCAAGCUUCCGCCCUGGCACACCUUGCCCGGCCAGGUCUUCCUCAUCGCCGACGUCGUCGUUCUUGUCGAGACGUGGCUCGCCGAGUCGUCCUCGGCGUCGUCGUCCGUCUCGCGCUCGUUCCCGGCCACCACCAUCGAGACGUCGCUCGGGCGCAUGCUCCUCAAUCUCCAGGCCGGCUCGAACGUGCCCGGCGCAGCGAACGUCAUCUCGAGCCUGCAGCAGCUUCAGUGGGACGUCAGGAGGAAGGGCGGGUUCUAGCUUGUCGGCGCGAGAUGAAAAGGCCGUUUCACGUCCUC